AUGGGAAAGAAACCGACAAACUGGCGGUUAUGGGGCAAGGUAGCCGUUGUGAGCGUAAUCGUCGCCGUCGGUGGCCCGGCGUUCACAGCCUGGCUGUCCCCGUCUGAAGAAGAAAUUCGAGCCAAAUACAACCCUGAUCUCCGACGAAGAAGUAUCGAGGGCAAAGCGCAGCGCGAACAAGAGUUUGACGAGUUUGUGACAAGACUCAAGGAAUACAGCAAGUCGGACAAACCAAUCUGGAUUGUUGUAAAGGAGGAAGAGGAGAGGAUGAAGAAGAAGGCCAUUGCUGAUGCGAAGAACCGGGAGAAAGAGGCAGAGGCUCGCAAAGCUGAGAUGAGAAGGGAAGCUUUACAACCUACGCCGGCAGAGCAGCCCAAAUCAUCUUCCUGGUUUAGUUGGGGUGGGAAAUGAUGUGGCCUAAUGGAAUCCGCGGUUGUAAUUACGGCAUUGUAUGGACGGCUAUCUUUGCGUCAUGUACUUAUAUCAUUGUUCAAUUACACCUUGAUGAGCCCAUGGAAUGCGCUUUCAAAAUGGGAAUCUGUGCAAUGGUCAUUCUGAGGCAUUGCGUUUAGGUGCAGUCGGUGACUCGACCCUUUACACAGAAGAUAUCUCGGCAGCAACAACGUGAAAUGAUAGAUACUAUUCUGUAUCCCUCGUGAAGGCAGAGUAGAUAGGGGGCAAGCUUAUGACA